AUGAGAUCAGCAGUAACACUUGCUGCCAAGGCUGUUCUCAAUGCCAAGCAGAACAAACCCUGUGUGGACACUGAGGAAGCCGACAUCUAUCUGCUCAUUGAUGGUUCAGAGAGCACCCAGCCCACAGACUUCCACGAAAUGAAGACCUUUCUGUCAGACAUCGUGGGGAUGUUCAACAUCACUCCCAACAAGGUACAGAUUGGGGCUGUACAGUAUGCAGACAGCUGGGACUUGGAAUUUGAGAUUGAUAAAUACACCAACAAGCCCGACUUGGGAAAGGCCAUUGAGAACAUCAGGCAGAUGGGUGGGAAUACCAACGCAGGUACAGCCCUGAACUUCACACUGAAGCUGUUGCAGAAAGCAAAGGAGAAAUGAAGAGACAAAGUGCCUUGUCACCUCAUUGUCCUGAUGAAUGGCAGAUCCCAGGAUAGCAUCCUGGAGCCCGCACAGAGUCUCAGAGAAGAGAACGUCCAUGUGUAUGCGAUUGGAGUCAAGGAGGCCAACCAAACACAGCUGCGGCAGAUGGCCGGAGAGGAAAAGAGGGUAUACUACAUGCAUGACUUUGACGCCCUGAAAGACAUAAGAAACCAAGUAGUUCAAGAGAUCUGUGCUGAAGAAGCCUGCAGAGACAUGAAAGCUGACAUCAUGUUUCUGGUGGAUAGUUCUGGAAGUAUAGGACCUGAAAACUUCAGUAAAAUGAAGAUGUUCAUGAAGAACCUUGUGAGCAAAUCUCAGAUUGGGGCAGACCGGGUGCAAAUCGGUGUAGUCCAGUUCAGCCAUGAAAACAAGGAGUUUUGCCUCAACACAUUCACGUCCCAAAGUGACAUUUCAAGUGCUAUAGACCGAAUGGCUCACAUUGGAGAAACAACCUUGACAGGCAGUGCCCUCACCUUUGUGUCCCAAUACUUCAGCCCAGACAAGGGGGCCCGACCCAAUGUCAGGAAGUUCCUCAUCCUCAUCACAGAUGGUGAGGCUCAGGACAUAGUAAGGGACCCAGCUUUAGCACUUCGGCAACAAGGUGUGAUUAUCUACUCCGUGGGGGUAUUUGGUUCCAAUGUCACCCAGCUUGAAGAGAUCAGUGGGAAACCAGAGAUGGUUUUCUAUGUUGAGAACUUUGACAUUCUGCAGCAUAUUGAAGAUGACCUCGUUCUGGGAAUAUGUAGUCCCCGUGAAGAAUGCAAGCGGAUUGAAGUUUUGGAUGUUGUGUUUGUCAUCGAUAGUUUUGGAAGCAUUGACUCUCAAGAAUAUAACAUCAUGAAGGACUUUAUGAUUGGCCUAGUGAAAAAAGCUGAUGUGGGCAAGAAUAAGGUCCGGUUUGGAGCACUUAAGUAUGCUGAUGACCCGGAAGUGUUGUUUUAUCUAAAGGACCAUGACACAAAAUCGAAUGUGAUUAAGGUGCUGGAGAGGGACCAGCCCAUGGGCGGUAAUACUUACACGGAGGAGGCUCUAGCCUUUUCAGACCACAUGUUCACUGAAGCCCAGGGCAGCCGCCUGCAGAAGGGUGUCCCCCAAGUCCUCAUUGUGAUCACAGAUGGGGAAUCUCAUGAUUCAGAGAAGCUCAACGCCACUGCCAAGGCCUUGCGGGACAAAGGCAUUGUAGUCCUAGCUGUGGGGAUUGCUGGCGCCAAUACCUGGGAGCUGUUAGCCAUGGCGGGGUCAAGUGACAAGUACUACUUCGUGGAGACUUUUGGAGGCCUGAAGGGGAUAUUUUCCGAUGUGUCAGCCAGUGUCUGAAACUCUUCAAAAGUGGAUUGUGACAUUGAGAAAGUAGACCUUGUUUUCCUCAUGGAUGGUUCAAACAGCAUCCACCCAAACGACUUCACGAAGAUGAAAGAAUUCUUGGCAUCUGUUGUUCAAGAUUUUGAUGUCAGCCUCAACCGAGUGUGCAUAGGAGUGGCUCAGUUCAGUGACACCUACAAAUCAGAGUUUCUGCUGGGAGCUUUCACUGGGGAGAGGGAAAUAUCCAUGAAAAUUGAGAGCAUCCCGCAGAUCUUCGGAUACACCCACAUUGGUGAUGCCCUCCGUAAGGUGGGGCACUACUUCCAGCCAGAGACAGGCAGCAGGAUAAAUGCAGGUACCCCUCAAGUGCUUCUGGUCCUCACAGAUGGUCGUUCCCAAGAUGAAGUGGCUCAGGCUGCUGAAGAGCUGAGGCACAGAGGUGUAGACAUCUACUCAGUGGGCAUCGGGGACGUGGAUGAGCAACAGCUGAUCCAGAUCACAGGGACGGCAGAGAAAAAACUGACGGUCCAUAAUUUUGACGAACUGAAGAAGGUCAAGAAAAGGAUCGUUCGCAACAUCUGUACCACAGGGGGUGAGAGCAGCUUCCAAGUCUUCAGGGAUGGCUACCACCAUCUUCCCUGUGACUGA